CUUUUUUUUAUUCUUUCUUUAUUUCAGUGUCAACAUGAGUGAAAUGAAGAGUUUACCUACUUAUUUGAAUUCAUACAGCAACGCAAAAACUGUACUUAUUGAUAAUAAAAAAGAGUCCAGCGCGAUCAACGAAUCGUCUGAUGGCACCAUUUAUUAUUCACUUGAUAGUCAACAUAGUGUCAAUCUCAAAAGACCGGCCAGAGACGAUGAAGAACAACAUGCGCCUCUAUCACGUAAAACCUCAAGACUAUACGAAUCUUCAGAAUCAGCUCCACAGUCAAAUAAACCUUCAUCUAAAUCUGACACAAGUCAGCCAGCAGACGUACUACCGCCCUUUGUACCAACUCCACCUGAUUGGGAAAAGCAUCCUACUGCUUGGGCUUAUCUUCAGGCCCUAUCACCAAAUUAUGAAAACAAAUACCUAGUAAAAAAGUCAUCCGAAACAGAAAGAAAAGGCUAUUUAUUAGGAAGAAGAGCAGAUUGUGAUAUUGUAUUUUCACAGACACUGAUUAGCAAAAACCAUUGUUUAAUUUACAUGGAAACAGGGGCAAAUGCAAAAGCCAAAGGAAUCAGAAUAUUCCUUCAGGAUCUAAGUUCCAAUGGAACCUAUGUCAAUAAGGAAUUGGUUGGCACAAAUCAAAGACGUCUUUUACGAUCAGGCGAUAUUAUUCAAUUAUAUAGAAGUGACAAGUAUUCUGACUUUGAUGUUCGGCAUUCAUUCUAUCGUAUUAUAUUCCCAAAAUUCUAUGUUGCCAAUGUAUGUCAAGAUGAAUAUGAAAUGAAAGAGCUUCUGGGAAGAGGAAACUUCGCAUCUGUAUAUCGCGCUGAAGAUAGAAAGACACGGCAAGUCGUUGCAAUCAAAGUGAUUGACAAGUCAAGAUUUGCUCUUCGGUCCAAACUAUUAAAAUCUAUCGUAGAUGAGACAGUCGUGAUGAUGUCAAUGCAGCGACAUCCUUGUGUUGUUGCCAUUGACAAGAUUUAUAAUGAAGAAAAGAAUAUUUAUUUGGUGCUUGAAUAUGUUAGAGAUGGCGAGCUAUUUAACUUUGUAGUUCAACGCGGACGUUUGACAGAGAGGGAGUCCCGCUUUAUUUUUUGGCAGCUGUUCUACGCAACUGAGUGGCUUCACAAUAACAACAUUGCUCAUCGAGACUUGAAACCAGAAAAUAUCUUGCUCGUCAAUAAGGCCAAGUUGCAUGUGAAAAUUACAGACUUUGGCCUUGCCAAGAUGUUAUCCAAAGGCGAAACGCUCGAUAGUCAAUGUGGAACGCCAAAUUAUGUUGCACCCGAAAUUCUCGAGCCGUCUGCUACUCGAUCCUACGGUGUUCAGUGUGACCUGUGGAGUCUUGGCGUAAUGCUGUACAUUUGUCUUUGUGGAUUCCCACCCUUUCAUGAUACUCCUGGUGCGCCUCCUAUGAAGCAGCAAAUAAAGCAGGCAAUGUACUCUUACCCUUCACCUGCCUGGGAUAAUAUUGCACCAGAAGCAAAAGAGCUAAUAGAUGAUUUGCUUACAAUCAAUCCUAAUGACAGAGCUACCUGUAGACAGGCACUUGAACACGAAUGGAUGGAAAUGGAGGCUGAAGAUAUGAACAAGAGAAAAAGUGCAUUAGGAGACGAAGCGGUCACCUUGAUAGAAGAACUUAGUUUGAAUAAUACUUUACCUGAAACACAACCAGCUGGACUUUCCUUGUAAAAAAGAGAGUGAGAUGAAAAGAAAGGACUUGAUAACCAUUAGGAGUAGACCUACAUACGUUUGUUUAAUAAAGCAAUGAGAUACUUUAUAAAUGUUGAUAUUUGUUAUUGUUGUGUGUGUGUGUGUGUAUCACGACUAUAAGAAUAUGCAACUAAACAUUAUGACUGUCCUUUUUUAUGCAUUUACAUGAAUAGUUUAAUAAGGAG